AUGAUGCUCAACAUGAUGCAGGCCGGCUUCCCCUUCCUGCAGCCGAACCCCUUCCUGCCGAUGGACGGCUUCUUCAACCCGCUACUGGCGCAGCAGAUGGUAGCCCUUCAAGCAGCUGCUUCUCCUGCAAAACGAGCUCGCACAAGAAUCACCGACGAUCAGCUGAAGGUUCUCCGCCAAUAUUUCGAUAUCAACAACAGCCCCACCGAGGCCCAGAUCCGGGAGAUGAGCCUGAAGACGCAGCUGCCGGAGAAGGUUAUCAAGCACUGGUGGUCAUCAAGC